UACCACAGAGCACAGACGUCCAGGAGAAAGAAAAUGGGAGCCCCCCGUCUCAGAUACCCAUUGCUCUUACUUCUUCUCACCUGUGCGCUGGUCACAGAAGUUGCUGCAGAAGUUGAAGAAUCCUCAGAUGAUCCCAGCACUGCCCCAGUACUGCUAUGGCUCACAGAUGUCCCAGCUGCUGUGGAGUUCAUCGCUGCUGCGGAGGUGGCCGUCGUUGGCUUCUUCCAGGAUUUGGAAAUACCAAUAGUGUCCGCAUUCCAGAGCAUGGUGCAAGAAUUCCCGGAUGUGUCCUUUGGAAUCAGCAAUGACUCCAAGGUCCUGGCCCACUACAACGUCACUGGGAGUGCCAUUUCCCUCUUUCGCCUGGUGGAUAACGAACAACUGAAGUUGGAAGGCGAAGAGGUUGAGAGCUUGGAAGCCUCCAAAUUAAGCCAUUUCAUCAGGAGCAACAGCCUCCGCUUGGUGACAGAGUACAACUCCGUGACAGUGCUAGGCCUAUUUAAUGCCAUGGUUGAGAUUCACCUUCUUCUGAUGAUGGACAAGGCCUCCCCGGAGUAUGAAGAACACAUGCGUCAUUACCAGGAGGCAGCCAAGCUCUUCCGGGGGAAGGUUCUCUUCAUUCUAGUGGACAGUGGUGUAAUGGAAAAUAGAAAUGUGAUCUCCUAUUUCAAACUAAAGAUGUCUCAGCUGCCAGCUUUGGCCAUUUACCGGACUCUGGACGAUAAGUGGGACACCCUGCCCAUAGUGGAAGUGACAGUCGAUCAGGUACAAAGCUUCUGCGAUGGAUUCAUGAAAGAGAAAUUGCUGCAAGAAAAUCAGGAAUCCGAGGAAAAGACACCGAAGGAGGAACUCUGACUUCUCCUUGAUGUGUCUGCUCGUUGCUGCAUAUCUGCUUUGUGUUGAAUAACAAGGGGGAUAUUUAAGCCUCAGAGAUACUAAACAAGAAGAUCACCAGGCCUUCCCACCACACACACACAUAUACAAACACACACCCAGACUGAUAGACAGACAGACAGACAGAUGAUAGAUAUCCACUUCAUUCCUUAAAAUCUCAUUGUUUAUAUUUUCCAAUUUCCUAUGCA